AUGGCGGCUUCUAAAUCCUCCCUCGAUAGGCCCUUGACGCCAAAAAACGCCUCUGCAAGUGCCGAACCCGCGGACGCAGACGCGAAGAAGGAUCUAUCCGUCUUGAACCCGGUACCUAACCACAAAUGUGUCACCGGAUUUAAGCUAUACAUCAUUGUGGCUGCUGUCGCCUUUGUCGGCUUCCUUAUGCUCCUAGACAACAUGAUCGUCAGCACGAAACGCAAAUGCCUAACAUUGCUAUUCGUUCAGUUCAGCGCCGCGGCCUUUGACGGGAAGGAUAUACAAAUACUUCAACACGAAGGUCGAUUUAUUGCCGGCUUUGGUGGUGCGGGCGUCGCGACCGGAUCAAUCACGAUCAUUUCUGUUGCGGUUUGUGAGGCAAGGGUAUUGCGCAUGUCACAUGUGUUGUCCUGGCGCUCCUCCCUCCCCUCCAUGAGCACCUUCUCCUCUUACCAGCAUCAGAGAUACGUCAUGUAA